CUUAGGGGUGGGUCUUUAGUUGCUACAGAGCGGGGAUCGGUUUCAAGCUUGACGUUGCUGGCAGCACCUUGUAAGGACGAAAGCCAGAAAACCUGGAAAAAGGCACACUUGGACACAGGAAGACUCCUAAAACUCUACACACUGUGCCGGGGACAGCAUUCAAAGCCAAGACUCUGGAAUUACCUGCCAGCUACGCUAAGCACAGCACCACCCAUUAAGGUACAAAAUGCCAGGGACAGCGAGACACGAUCGAGAAAUGGCCAUGUCAGCCAAGAAACAGCUUGUGACUUGCACAGAUCCCAUUGAUAAACUUCGGCUUCAGUGCUUAGCUAGAGGAUCAUCAGGCAUUAAAGGUCUUGGCAGGGUGUUCAAGAUUAUGGAUGAUGAUAACAGCAGAAGCCUUGAUUUUAAAGAAUUUAUGAAAGGGUUACAUGAUUAUGGAGUAUUAAUUGAAAGGGAAGAGGCCCAGAAUCUUUUUCAAAGUUUUGACAAAGAUGGAAAUGGAACAAUCGACUUUGAUGAAUUCCUCGUAACAUUACGGCCCCCCAUGUCCAAUGCAAGAAAAGAGGUCAUCAUGCAAGCAUUUCGAAAACUGGAUAAGACUGGAGAUGGGCUCAUAACAGUCGAAGAUCUGAGAGGAGUUUAUAAUGCAAAGCAUCACCCUAAAUAUCAAAAUGGAGAGUGGACAGAAGAUCAGGUUUUUAGAUCUUUCCUUGAUAAUUUUGAUUCUCCAUAUGACAAAGAUGGACAGGUCACUAAGGAUGAAUUUAUGAACUACUAUGCAGGAGUGAGCGCUUCCAUAGAUUCUGACGUCUACUUUGUUAUCAUGAUGCAAAAUGCCUGGAAAUUAAAUUAACCAACCUUAUAUAGUUUAGGGUUACAAAAGAUGAAUUUUAUAACUAUUAUGCUGGAGUCAGCGCCUCUAUUGACAGUGACGUCUAUUUCAUUUUAAUGAUGAAGAAUGCAUGGAGAUUGUGAUUUAGUUUAGUUUUUUUAAACUGAUGCUGGGACCUUGACGAAGAGAAAUAUUUUUGAACUUCUGACUCUAAAAUCAGGUUGUUGUUUUUUUUUGAAGAAUGUAUAUUUCUGGAAGGAAAAAUCUGGUGAACACUGAGCCAAGAUUAACUUUUGUAAAAAGAAUAUUUUUUAGCAAGAAAAUCUCCUGCUGCCUUGUCAUGCCAUUAAUUGGUUUGUCAUGUUACAGCUUCUUUUCUGUCUUUUAACUUUUUUGAGUUUUCUUUUAAAUUAACUUUUUUGUUUGCACCACAUCGUAUUUAUAAAGUGUUUUGUUGAAGUUCACAAUCAUAUAGUAAUAAGAAUAAUUCUGUUCAUCAUGUCCUUUCUGCAGUUGUGUGUUACGCCAAGAUAAAGAAAAUGUGUAAAGAAGUUUGUUAAAGUUACUAAAAUAUAAUAUUUUUGUAAAUUCAAAA